GGAUUCAGAAACUGGCCCCGUUCACAGACGUCACCAGAGGAAAAACGGAGGGAGAACGAACAACUGCUUUGGAUGACACCGUAGCUAAAGAGCAAAAGAGAGGAUCAAAUAAAGCACCGAAAACUAGGACAACCGCACUGCAGACAAGAGAUCUUAUUGCGCGAUUUGGAGAUGCUCGCAGUGCAUGCAUAAAAGCGAGAAUGAAGCGCAAAAGCGAAAAGAGGCGACCCGAGUCAAGGAAAAAGCGUUGUGCAGCUCAGAGAGAGGAGGCGGAGCCAAAGUCAGAUAUUUAUUUUAGUAUAAUAUCAGGUAAGAGACUGCGGAAUGGAUCCCGUCAUAGGCUACUUACUCUGCUUAGAGCCAGCUUGGUGCAUAGACAGUAGGCUACCUGGCCUUGCGGUGUCUGAAUACAGAUAAUAUGAUGUGUCUGACUAUUAGACCUACAAGUGAUUUUCCUGCAGCUGUUUUGAACUAAAAUGGCGACACCAUCGGUUUCUAAUCGCUAAUGCAUUGAAGUACAGUAUUGAGUACAUAUCAUCGUUGGGACACCACGUUUUCAGCUUUUUGAUUGCAUGUCAGACAUGACAGCCUAAAUGAAAAACAACCUAUUUGGGUUAGAGUUUCUAUGAUGCAGGCUAUAUUUGACUGAUCCUCUUGUGAUUGUAUUCGUAGUCUACGUUUGGAUGCAUUUUUAUGCGGCUGCGUAAAUGCAGUCACCAAUGUUGCAGUCAGAUCACAUUUACCCCAAUUUAUGCAUUUUCGUCUAGGCCUAUUUCUAUAUUGACCAUGAGCAGCAGAGAAUGCAGAAUCCUUUAUGACCCCGAAAAUUAGGAUAGGGCGACAAUAAAUCUGAAUCAAAAGGCUGAUAAUUUGGCUGUUUUUAUAUGCCGAGCACCACUAAAGGAAGUUCUCUCACUUGUUAUUUUUCAUUGAGAAUUGGCGAGGUUUUUGCACACAGAAACAAUAGGUCUACUGUAGGCUGUUUGUCAGGCUACCUCCUGCAUGAUAGGCUACAGUCCUGUAGAACCAACAUGAUCGUUUUGUCAUAACUUGGUAAUAAAAAAAUUGCAAUCAAUUCAACACGUAUCGCUUGAUCUAACCCAUCCCUCACUUGAGGACUACGAUGGAAGUGUUCGGUCAAAAUUGGAGAUAUAUUUCUAUUGGCCAAGCGAAGCUAAUCUCCUAGCAACGGCUUGGGCAGCGUUCCAAUUAGAAUCUCAAGUGAACUUUAAAAAACCUCAAGCUAGAACGUAGAAUGAUUGGCCUGCCAACCCUGCAACUGUGUAGCGUUUACGGUUUCCUUGAACCAAUAACGUUACAUUGUUGCAGUGGGUGGCGCUUAUGAGUUUCCUUCAGAAGUCGUUUUGAGCAGAGUACGUAGCACCUCUCCUAUGCAGGCAUUUAUUUUUCGUCGCUAAGCAAGUUGACGUUUUAUUUGUCAUAUCAGUAUAUUUUACCAGAUUUCGCUAACUGAGACACAUUUAUAUCCAUUGCCAAGCAAAGCUUUUUGCUAGGAAAUUUUUUAGAGAAAUAUUUGUUGCACUUUCUGUGGUUUUUGAGUGGUAGUCUAUACCAUAUUUUGCAGUUCGCUUCUGUGGAGCGUUUUAAUUUCACGGGAUAUAGAAAAUAGAUGUUGUUUAACCUACUGAGUGUGUAUGUUAUUGUGCUGGACUGUGGCUAUGACAGACGUUUAAGUUAUUAUUUAUGCGCGUCUAUAUUAAAGUAAAGGGAAUACAGCAAACAAUUGCCGUUAAACUUGACUUGGUAACUCAUUGUUGGCUCAAGUCGCUAUCAGAAUGACCGAGGACAAUGUCACAAGUAAAAGUAUUGAAAUCAUCAAAGGUAAGUGCUGUUCUGAAAGAAAACAAACCCUACAGCAGAUUGUUAAAAUAAGUCAGUCGAGGCAUUUCCGGGGGAAAUUCAAAUUCAAACUGACACGUGCGAUGUGUAGGGUAUGUACCAUUUGUUUUGUCCACACAUUGUCACAAUUAACAAGCAUUCAUGUGUAGCUGCGUUGUAUGUUUGUUUGACUGUCCAUAAUCAAAUCGAACCCAUGAUAAAAGUCAAACAGCAUAUAAUACAAACUAGUUUUCACUGAAGCCUCCCCCCCCCCCCCCCCCCCCAACACACAGUGUGCCAAACAAAGCUUUUAAACCCCCUUUCUUCUGUUGUAUUUUUUCUCUCUCCUCCAGAUCAACUGUAUUUCGCCAUACUGCAGCAGAAGAUAAAAAGCACAGCUGACAGACAUUUCUUCUGCAUAGACGAAGAGCUGUCAUAUGAAAAGUGGGUACUUUGUAUUACAGGAUGUUCGUAGACCAUAUUCAAAAGACUAUAUUUGCAGUUCACUAGUUAAUUGUUUAAGCCGUUGCAGAUGCAUUAUGUAUAGCAGGUGUGGUGUGUGUAUGAAUGUUCAUUGGCUAAGAGUAAAGUUCACAUAGUGCAACAUAUAGGCUCUGAAAUAUGGCUAUUGUCACAAUAAAUGUCUUCAUCCGGGGCUUAUUUAGGAUAGUUGAUUAAUUGACUUAAAUCUAUUGGACAAUUAAAAGACAGGUUUGACAUUACAGAACACUCACAUAUGAAUAUAUCAUGUAAACUCAGCAAAGAAAGAAACGUCCUCUCACUGUCAACUGCGUUUGUUUUCAGCAAACUUAACAUGUGUAAAUAUUUGUAUGAACAUAACAAGAGUCAACAACUGAGACAUAAACUGAACAAGUUCCACAGACGUGACUAACAGAAAUGGAAUAGUAUGUCCCUGAACAAAGGGGAGGUCAAAAGUAACAGUCAGCCACCAGCUGCAUUUAGUACUGCAGUGCAUCGCCUCCUCAUGGACUGCACCAGAUUAGCCAGUUCUUGCUGUGAGAUGUUACCCCACUCUUCUACCAAGGCACCUGCAAAUUCCCAGACAAUUCUGGGGGGAAUGGCCCUAGCCCUCACCCUCCGAUCCAACAGGUCCCAGACGUGCUCAAUGGGAUUGAGAUCCGGGCUCUUCGCUGGCCAUGGCAGAACACUGACAUUCUUGUCUUGCUGGAAAUCACGCACAGAACGAGCAGUAUGGCUGGUGGCAUUGUCAUGCUGGAGGGUCAUGUCAGGAUGAGCCUGCAGGAAGGGUACCAGAUGAGGGAGGAGGACGUCUUCCCUGUAACGCACAGCGUUGAGAUUGCCUGCAAUGACAACAAGCUCAGUCCGAUGAUGCUGUGACACACCCCCCCAGACCAUGACGGACCCUCCACCUCCAAAUCGAUCCCACUCCAGAGUACAGGCCUCGGUGUAACGUUCAUUCCUUUGACGAUAAACGCGAAUCUGACCAUCACCCCUGGUGAGACAAAACCGCGGCUCGUCAGUGAAGAGCACUUUUUGCCAGUCCUGUCUGGUCCAGCGACGGUGGGUUUGUGCCCAUAGGUGAAGUUGUUGCCGGUGAUGUCUGGUGAGGACCUGCCUUACAACAGGCCUACAAGCCCUCAGUCCAGCGCCUCUCAGCCUAUUGCGGACAGUCUGAGCACUGAUGGAGGGAUUGUGCAUUCCUGGUGUAACUCGGGCAGUUGUUGUUGCCAUCCUGUACCACAGGUGUGAUGUUCGGAUGUACCGAUCCUGCGCAGGUGUUGUUACACGUAGUCUGCCACCGUGAGGAUGAUCAGCUGUCCGUCCUGUCCCUGUAGCGCUGUCUUAGGCGUCUCACAGUACGGACAUUGCAAUUUAUUGCCCUGGCCACAUCUGCAGUUCUCGUGUCUUCUUGCAGCAUGCCUAAGGCACGUUCACGCAGAUUAGCAGGGACCAUGGGCAUCUUUCUUUUGGUGUUUUUCAGAGUCAGUAGAAAGGCCUCUUUAGUGUCCUAAGUUUUCAUAACUGACCUUAAUUGCCUACCGUCUAUAAGCUGUUAGUGUCUUAACGACCGUUCCACAGGUGCAUGUUCAUUAAUUGUUUAUGGUUCAUUGAACAAGCAUGGGAAACAGUGUUUAAACCCUUUACAAUAAAGAUCUGUGAAGUUAUUUGGAUUUUUACGAAUUAUCUUUGAAAGACAGGGUCCUGAAAAAGGGACGUUUCUUUUUUUUGCUGAGUUUAGAUAAGGUAUUCUUGUCACAGAGACUAGGUAAUAAUGCAAAAAAAACAUUUUCUAUCUGUAACGUCCUCAACGUUUCACCUUUCUGAAUAGUCUCUAAUGAAACGUGGCUUUACCUAACCUAACCUGCCUGUGUCUUGUGCUCUCUUUCUUCCAGCUUCUAUGCAGACUUUGGCCCGCUCAACCUGGCCAUGUUUUAUCGCUUUUGUUGCAAGCUCACUAAAAAGCUCAAGGUAAAGAAACUCAAACCUCAAAACACACACACUGACAGUCCAUAGUCAACCGUUCUCUCAGCCUAACCAAAUAGAAGUUAUGUCACACUAGUCAGAGAAGGGGUAAUGUUUGUAUAUUCUUGAAGAUAAUUUUGGCAGGGUUUUAGAACAGGGAGUGCUUUGUAGAGCACUGAGUUCAGAGAUGUCCAGUCCUGGACAACUUAAUGACAUUAUUGCUUAUUAUAGCCGGCCUAGGCCUGUUUGUGUAAGACGACAAGCUUAUGGAAAAGUUAACAAAACAAAUAGCCUUUCCUCAGCUUAUUACUCUUCUGUAUAAACAACACUACUUGCUACAUUGAUAGUCUGUAGUCAGGGAUCAGGAUUCUUUUGUGUAGUGAUGUGCAAAAUGAUAAGCCUGGCUAACGGUGUUAUUUUGUUGUUUCCCCACAUCUGGAGCAGUCAUUCACUCUAGCAAAGAAGAAGAUAGUAUUUUAUACUUGUGGCGAUAAUAAGAAACAAGCCAAUGCUGCCUAUCUUAUUGGUUCAUAUGCAGUAAGUAUUUCUCACUCAGCAGAGAAGUCAUACCCAUUGAUAGCCCUGACUCAUGACGGAUUGUAUGUUACGUGCACUAAAAGUGCUUGUGAAUCUUCAUUAAAAUGUCGCUAUCCAUUAGUAGUUUCUCCAUAAUACUGGCCUGUGUUUGUUUCAAGGUGAUGCAUCUGCAGAAGACGCCAGAGGAAGCCUACAGUCUACUGGUGUCCAGGAACUCUACCUACCUGCCCUUCAGGUAAACACACACACACUGACGGAGAACUUCACAGAGCUAGGAACUUCUCAAGCGCACAUGUUAGAAAGUAGUGUCUGACAGUUGAUCAAGCUUUUAUUACGCUGUCUGGGGCUGUAAUCUGAUAUGUAUUUAUUCCUUAUAAAUGUGGUGUGAAUGCUUUAAGAAGAUGAAGUUGAUUUGGAUUGUUUCUGGUUUGUUUUAAACAGAGAUGCCUCUUUUGGAACCUGCGUGUACAAUCUGAAUAUUCUAGACUGCCUGCGUGCCAUAUACAAGGUAUAGUGCUUCAGUCAUUCUGAUGCUAGACUAACAAGUUAAUUUGUAGCUGCACAUUUAUGAAAUGUAAUAAAUAUUGCAUAAUUUUAUUUGGAGCAUGGAAAUUUAACUUUCUCUUCAGGCUCUGCAGUUUGGCUGGCUCGAUUUCUCCCAGUUUGAUGUGGAGGAAUACGAACAUUACGAGGUAAGUAUUCAUUAUCAUACUUCAGAAUGCAACUUGAGUAAACAUCAGUAAGUGAUUCAUAAUUCUGUCCAUAUCUCUUGUUUACAGAGAGCAGAAAAUGGAGAUUUCAACUGGAUAAUUCCUGGGAAGUUCCUAGCGUUCAGCGGUCCUCAUCCAAAAAGCAGAAUAGAGAAUGGUAGGUGAGACCCUCCAGAUUAGCUUUCUGCAAUCUGAGCCAUAAGGACAUGCUGCCAAAUUGGGAUAUUUUCCCUACUGAGAUUGACUGGGGAGUGAACUCCCUUACACUAUGUAGAAGCCUAUACUUGCAAAGUGGAUAUCGAGGAACAUGCAACAUUUCAGUCACAGACCGUAAUCAAAUACUGUGUGUACACUUCUCCUACACCUAUGUACAAAUAUGUUACUUCAGGAGUACAGAUUUUGUAUAUAUAUUUUUUCAAUUGCAGCUUUCUACAAACACCUUGUUCUCUCUCCAGGUUACCCUCUCCAUGCCCCCGAGGCCUACUUUCCUUAUUUCAGGAAACACAACAUCACAGCCAUCGUCCGUCUCAACAAGAAGAUGUACGACGCCAAGCGCUUCACAGACAUGGGCUUCGAGCACCACGACCUCUUCUUCGUGGACGGUAGCACGCCAAAUGACUCCAUUGUCAGAAAGUUCCUCAACAUCUGUGAGAACGCAGACGGAGCUAUCGCUGUUCACUGCAAAGGUACAAGACCUCAUUAUAUUAUCCUUUUAUACCACAAACUGGAUCUGGAGUUGAGUGGAGGGCUGGAGGCCAUGUUUCAAACCAUCUUUUGUAGGCCGCAAUCCCAAAUGAAUGGGAAAGAUUUGCACCAAAAGUCUGAUCAAUUACUAUGUAUUUAACCAAUGCUGACGUUUUUCAGCGGGUCUGGGUCGAACAGGCACUCUGAUAGGCUGCUACAUGAUGAAGCACUACCGCCUGACUGCGUCCGAGGCCAUUGCCUGGAUGAGGAUCUGCCGGCCCGGAUCCGUCAUCGGACCACAACAAAACUUUGUGGAAGAGUAUGUGUCUGAUUUAUCUAGAUUCAAUCCAUUGUUGUGAAGGAUAUUACUGUAUAGAUCAGUGGUCACCAGCUCUAGUCCUGGGGAGCCACAACCGGACUUUUGUUCCAACCGAUCACUAACACACCCGAUUCAACUCAAGCGUUUCAGUUCUGGGAGCUCUUGGAUUGAGUUGAGUAUCAAUUGUUGAUCAGUAACCAAUAUGUUUGUAGGGAGAUGUACAACUUGAUUGCUGUUUUUCUCAUGAUGCUGCAGUAAGCAGAGCAGCCUGUGGUCGGAGGGAGAUGUUUUCCGGGAGAAGAUGAACAAGCAGGAGAACGGCAAGCUGGCUGUCACCAGGAUCCUGUCGGGGGUUGAUGACAUCACUAUCAACGGCAGCAACAAAAACAGGACGUCCGAAAAGGAAGAGACAGAACUGGUGAGAAUUUUGGAAAUCCUUUCUGGUUUCUUUGAUAUGCCGAAAUUGAAAAUACCUUCAUGUGAAGAAAGAAGGGAUGGAAUGGUAAGGAAAUGUAUUUCUCUUUCUUUCUUUUUACCAUAUAUUCUCUCACAGUUUUUCUCCCUAUUCCAUCUCCCUCAGUAUAGUGACGAUGAGGAGAGAAAUGGCAUCACGCAGGGUGAUAAACUGCGAGCCCUGAAGAGCAAGAGGCAGGCGAGAACAUCCACAGGCUCCCUAUCGUAAGUCUCCUAUCUGCCUACAACUCCCAUCAUGCAUCACACUGACUUGUUUCAGGAUACUGAAAUAAGUGCAACCCCCCUUCUCCUACAUUCUCAUGCAUUUGAUUGAGCGAUCAAAUUAAUUAAAUGGUUUUAUAUAGUGCUCAAAGCCCUUAACAUUGUAAUUGGGGGGGGUAGGAGCAGGCUGUGUAGUCAUCUUAUCGAAGUCAUUUGUUGUUUUGAUGUUGUUCAGAGGAAGUUGAGGUUUCAUCCGGAUUAUGAUUUGAGAUCCUUUGAUAUUGUUGUAGGGUUUCCUUUUUUCAGGUCAUUUCAUGCCCCAACAUGAUUCUUGGGUGACAAGGAUUUGAUUUUAGCCUCAUUAUUUAUAAUUGUCCCAUUAUACACAUCUACUAUGGGUUUCUAUACAGGUUUUGGGUUGAAUGGAGUUUAGCUUAGUUUUACAGCUUGAAUUACCUUAAUAUAACAGUCAGAUUGUUGUUCUGUUUGUGCCAUUUAUUUGGUCUAGUAAUCAUGGCUUAUUUUCCACUGGCUGCCUCAGAACCAUACCAUAUAGCUGCCACUCAGGAUCCUAACACUAAUUGAUUGUUGAUUAUACUGGCUACAUAGAAUGACUGAAAGUAGUAUCUUAUAAGCCCACAUGGGCUAGGUAUACUUUACUAUUUUAAUGGGUGCCAGAUUUACUAUUUUAAAGGAUUCCAUGUUGGCACAUCCACUGAGAAUCCAAAUGAGAAUGUUAUUGUUGUGAAACAUUUGGUGCCAACAUGGACAGUUUACAGACAACUGUGUACACCUAUGGCUGUGGGUUUUGUUAUCCUGUGGCAGGCAGGCGGUAGUACAUUGCUGGAGCCUCUUAGGCAUCGUGUGGCCAGAGUGCUGUCUGGAGUGUCUGCAUUUUAAAAUGUAGCAGAGAGACAGAGCGGAAGAGAGGGGAAAAAAACACAGAGAAAAAAACAGACACAGAGAGAGGAAGUGAGGUUUUGUAUAAUGGAGGUAAGUGCAUGUCACUUCCUGUCUGACUAGCUUCCUCUUCCUGUAUAAAUUGUGCCAUGCAAAUGGAUGUGUGGCUUUUGGGUGACCGCGGUACGUUAAGGUAUGUAGUGGAUGGCUGGAUAAUGUGAUGAAUGAUUUUGGUCACCUGUUCUGGCACGUGCUGCUUUGAUCUGCACAGGCUAGCAAGGCUGAGAAUCUCCUGUAGAGGGGGUUCAGAGGACUACUUGUACUAUUGACGUGAGACAGAAUGUGGUUUCUCCAUCAUGGAUACAGCAGUAUGCUCUGAGAUUUGCUGUGAAUCGCAGUCCAAAUCUUAAACUCCUGUUAAACUCAAUCAUAAUCUAGCUUCCAUUUUAGUUUUUCCUCUGUGAAAGGGACUGAAAUGCACAAUGCAACAUGACUGUGGGCACCGCACGUGUGAUCUUUUUUUUUUUUUUUACCAAUGCACGACUAAAAGCAUGAUUUAACCUUUGACAUGCAUGGCCUCUGUAUUGUUUGUGUGUAAGAUGUUCUAUGUUUUGGGCCGUGUUGAAUAUAAAAUGCUGCAAAUGUAUAUUUUUCCAUUGUGUUUGUGACUGGGUCAGUGCCUGUCUGCUGUUCGAACCUUGCUUCUUCCUGCCUAGAAGUCUUCUACUGAACCAAACCCACAUUUAUCUUGGAACAAUCCCUCGGACUCUUGUGGUAGUUAAGGUCCAAGCACCAUAGGCCACUUCUGUCCCUUGUACUCUUGUCUUUGGAAUUAUAUUGCUCUUAUUGCCAGUAAGUCCCCAUUUCUGUCCAUAAUUGACCACUAUCUGCCACAGGCACCAUUACAGACUUAUGAGUGUAGCCUACACAUGAUUGUGACAUGCCCUUGGUGUUCUCUGUGGGACAACAUUUGGCUCCUGGACACAGAGAGGGGAAUGUGUUUCUUUUUCUUUUUUUAUAUAUAUUUCUUUAGGUGAAUUUUGUAUUUACACAUACACAUUGUGUGAAGCAUUUCUUCAGGUGACUAGGCCUAUAUAUGAAGGUGCCAUUUGGUUUUACACCGUGUCUUUGAUUGCAUUCUCCAUUGAAGUCAGUCUUACAGGAAACUGGAAGCAAGCUUUCAUGUUUCCCUACUGAUUCCCCAUUUUAAACCACUCUUAGGCCUAUACCUCAGCAAACACAGAAUAUAGUAGACUCUGAAAGGUGCUAUUAUCACUGCAUGGGGGUCAAAGUCCUAGCCCACCAUUUGGGAAACACUUUUAGCAUGCUGUGGAAAACAGGUUGUCUAAAAUCAAUGCCAGAAUUUAAAGGUGAGACUUGAGUAGUUAGUGAAAACCUAGCAUGUACCCUUUCUGCUGUGGUGUAACAUGAAAAGGCUUUACUUGUUAGCCUGGUUCUGCUAGUGAAUAUGUAGCCUGGGUGCCUAACAAUUUCAGCAUGUAAUAAUACCACUAUCCUACUUUGUCAAGCAAGACCACAACCAGCUGGCUUUAGUAGAAAGGGUCUGGCACCCAGGCUACAGGUUAGUGGAUGUGUAAGAUUCAUGAUGGGGCUUUGCUGUUGGCUAAGCCUGAUCCAGUGGGGGAGGGGGGGAACAAGUGAGAUUCUCUCCUCUCUGGACGUCUCUCUGUCUAUCCUUCCUUUUUGUCAUGUUUUUGUUUCUGUUCUGUUUGUUGGAUGUUUUCCCCUCCUUUUAGAUGGUUGGUAGCCAUGCUGCUCUCGUCCCUGUGUAGCCUUGCCCUGUGGUAGAUGGUUGGUAGCCAUGCUGCUCUCGUCCCUGUGUAGCCUUGCCCUGUGGUAGAUGGUUGGUAGCCAUGCUGCUCUCGUCCCUGUGUAGCCUUGCCCUGUGGUAGAUGGUUGGUAGCCAUGCUGCUCUCGUCCCUGUGUAGCCUUGCCCUGUGGUAGAUGGUUGGUAGCCAUGCUGCUCUCGUCCCUGUGUAGCCUUGCCCUGUGGUGGAUUGUGUAUGGCUUCCCUUCUUCCAUCCUGCAUUUCUGUAUAGACGGGUUAGGAUUUCACUGAGCUCUCCUGCCAGUCUGUCCCCCAAACCCUUCCCCCUUCCGUAGUCUAACUGAGAAUGCUGUAAGUGUGUCCCCUCACCUUAUUAACCCCCUCCUCAACACCAGUUUAUGUGCCUGGCCCCGUCUCCCGCCCCCCAUCCUCACCUGUCUUUACACUUCUAAACCUCCUUCAAUGUUCUGCUACACGUUUUGUCACCCCCUGGCUGCAAAAUAAGUUUAUAUCUUUGAAAAUGGGAGGGCAGGAAUCCCGUUUCGAUGGUCUGUUAUUUACAACGCUGUGUCCUCCUUGGCUGACAAUGAUCGUCCUGAGUUUAACUUUAAGUACGGCAAGUAAUAACCAUAGCCUAUACAUUUCACUCCUUGAAUCUCUGUUUUGGAGUAAUGGCACCCUUCGCUGCAAAUCAGCAAAGCCAAUGCAAAUCCCUCCCACCCAACACUGAAGGUUGCACUUCAAUUAAUUUAUCAAAGGAGAUAUUUAUCAAAUUCAUAAUUAAGUGCCCUAAGACAUCAGCCAGCUUAUAUUUUACCUCUGGCAGGCCUCCAGAAUCUGAGCAAACAGUGCUUUUAUUGCCUCACAUUCCACUCACUUUGCAUCAAACUCAGUGUCACAUUUUAAAGUUGGGGAUAACUAAUUAGAACCUCUAAGAGCCAUAGGUUAAUGAAUGAUGGUUCCAUUGCAUUACGAGAAUGAUUCAUUGUGUAAUGAAAUCUACAUGGAUCAACGAUCUUAGAAUUCUGGAUUAUUCUGCAGCUGCUGCCUGUUUGCUCUCUCUGUCUCUCUCUCCCUCUCCCUCUCUCUAUCUCCUCCUGUCUUUGUCCCUCGCUUGCUGUUGGUGUUGAAAUAUGGUGUGUGUUUGUUUACAGACAAGAAGAGAACAAGAUUCACACCAGGUCCUCGUCGCAGUCUUUAAGGUACUUAAACGCAUCCUGAACGUGUCUCACACACACACACACACACACACACACACACACACACACACACACACACACACACCUGUUGAGCAUCAGCAUUAAAGUGUGAGUUGUGUGUCUGCUCCAGGAUUCUCCUGCAGUCUAGUGGGCCCGAUGCCUCAGACAAUAGGAAGAGAACCAGAACCUCGCUGCCUGCCAACAGUGUGGGGGGCAGGUUAGUGGCAAUGUCUCCAAUGAGCCGUCCUAGAGAAUUCAAACUACUGCUUUCAUUGACAGCAGUGCAUGAUCUAUGUGAAAGUCAAAAUUGGGUGUGUGUAACUUAAGUUAGGAUUUGGCUCGGGCACUGCUGAUAUAGGGUGCUCUAUUUCUCAUAUUUAUUAGCUGUAUAUUCAUAUUAAAUGGCUUGCGUUGCAACUACACUUAUCAAGUUUGUUUACUCAGUCAUACAGAAAAGAGUUGACACAAGUGUGUGAAGUAAACUGGACAGAACCUGCCAUAGCCAUUCAUGGUUCCAUGUUGACUCCAUUAACCCGUUCCCUCCUCUCCGCCAGCUCCCUGUGCCACUCCAGACUAGCCAGGUCUCUAGGCAGCAUGCAUGUAGUGGCCAGCGACAGAGAAACAGUGUGCUGUGAGUCCAGUGGCUGCCAUAGAGACACAGCUGCCAACGCAGGCAGCCCAGUCAGCACAGGCAAUCUGUCCAACCUAAACAUGCUGCAGGCCCCUCAGAAGGCAAGCCCACCUAGCCUCUCUUCAACCCCGUUCUCUGGGCUCAACCUCACUCUCUCCUACUCUGUUGGUCCUCCACACACCAAGGUCUACUUAACUGAGCCUUUGCAUUUCACAUGACCUUCCAAACACUUUCAAGCUCCCUUCAACACACCGCCUCAAACAAUUGAACACUCUCUCCAGUGCUUCACACUCCCUAUGGCUCCAUGCAUGUUCUAUUGGAAUGGAUGAUUCAAGAGUAUGACUGGCUAUAGCUUCUCUGGACUUUACUGCUCACACUGUCUCCUUGUUUUCAGACACCGGCAACCUGUUAUUGGCUGUUUGUGAUUCUGCUGACAUAAAUCAUUGUUCUACGAGGGGAAUCACAUUUCCCUUUGCUUCCCCCUCUUUUCUUCUUUUUAAUUUCCCUCUUAACAGACACACGUCCAGAGGACGGAAAACUCGAUGUUCUUUACAAUCAAUGCGCUUUACGAGACUAUGGUAUCUAUUUCCCUUUUCUAUCGUCGUCUUACUGCUCUGUUCUAUGCUGUUGUUAGUGAGGGAGAUGUCUCUAGUCAGCCUCUUCUCCUUUUAUGAAGAUUUUAAUGGACAGACUACAUGCAUAGUAAAAUCUGGCAAAUUGUGUAAUUUCUAACCACUUGAGUCUAAUGAAUAGAAGCCAAUGUAGUGUUUUUGAGGUGUAUGAGCUGUAUGUCCUAUUUCUCUCUCUGCCUGGGUGUAAUUGUGUACUUUUUGUCCCUUCAGUCACUCCAUACCCAAAGCUAGAGCUCCUCAACUGCGCUGAGCCUGGGGUUCUGGCAUUCUAAAGGAGUA